AUGGAGGAGAUCCGAGGUGUAGGACGAGGAUCCUACAUCUGGGGCCGCAGCGUACAUAACAUUCGCAUCGAGCGACUGUGGGUAGACGUCACCGCAGGCUUUGGCAACAAGUGGAAAGAGCUUUUUCGCGAGUUAGAAGCUUUGCAUGGUCUUGACGUGGACAACGAUGCACAUAUAUGGCUUCUACAACGCCUGUUCCUAGUCGCUAUCAAUGUGGACGCCUCCAACUGGGCCGCGACAUGGAAUCAACACGUUGUUGCCCGUCGCGGAGGGCGACACAUGUCCCCGAUGCAAAUGUAUUCUCAUGGGCUCGCCGAACAUGGCCAACGCGGCAUCUACCCUCCACAAGACUCUCUACCCACUGGAAGCUCCCCCUAUGCGGACUACGCCGACUACGGCAUCGACUGGGAUGCACUUGAUCGUCCGGUGAUACGCAGGCACCAUGAUCAGCACAACCUGCAUGAUACAACAAACCCCUUCCUAACCGACAACCCCUCCGGUCUCUCACACGUAGAGGUGCCAGAUCCUCGCUGCCCUUUCUCACCUGAGCAGGUUGCUCUGUUGGACACCCGUCUUCAAAUCCUCCCCUGCUUUGGUAGAAAAAAUAUGCGGACAUGCGUGGAGCUUUGGAUUGCUGCUUUACAGAUAGCUCAAAAUAUCAUGUAG